AUGUUCCUCUCCGACUACCGAAGGGAGUUUUACGAAGUGAUCGUCAACCAGCGUGUUCUUCUUCUUGUUGCUUCAGAUGUUGAUGCAUUAUGUGCUUGUAAAAUACUCCAAGCUUUAUUUCAAUGUGAUCAUGUACAAUAUACACUAGUUCCAGUAUCUGGGUGGCAAGAACUUGAAACUGCCUUUCUUGAACAUAAAGAUCAGUUCAAAUACUUUGUUCUUAUUAAUUGUGGUGCCAAUGUUGACCUGUUGGAGAUCCUGCAGCCUGAAGAAGACACGUUUUUUUUCGUAUGCGACAGUCACAGACCAAUAAAUGUAGUGAAUGUUUACAAUGAGACACAGAUUAAGCUAUUAGUUAAACAAGAUGAUGAUCUUGAUGUUCCUGCUUAUGAUGAUAUCUUCAGAGAUGAAGAGGAUGAAGAAGAGGUCUCUGAGAAUGAAAGUGAUGGGCCAGAACCUUCAGAGAAGCGUAGACGAUUUGAGGAGGAUGUAAUUGAGAGAACAAUGAAAAGGCGAGAAAAGCGAGAAUGGGAGGCACGAAGACGAGAAAUUCUUUUUGAUUAUGAGCAAUAUGAAUAUCAUGGGACCUCAUCUGCAAUGAUGAUGUUUGAUCUGGCAUGGAUAAUGUCUAAAGACUUGAAUGACAUGUUGUGGUGGGCUAUUGUUGGCUUAACAGAUCAAUGGGUCCAGGAUAAAAUUACUCAGAUGAAGUAUGUGACUGAUAUUGGAAUACUACAGCGUCAUGUAUCUCGCCAUAACCACCGCAACGAGGAUGAAGAAAAUUCUCUGUCAAUUGACUGCAUGCGAAUAGCAUUUGAAUACGAUCUGCGCCUGGCACUUUACCAGCACUGGUCUCUGUAUGAAAGUCUCUGUAAUACUUCUUAUACCUCUGCUAACCUCAAACUUUGGUCUGUACAAGGGCAGAAGAGGCUUCAAGAGUUUUUGGCUGACAUGGGUUUGCCUUUGAAGCAGGUGAAACAGAAGUUUAAUUCCAUGGACAUUUCUUUAAAAGAAAAUCUUCGGGAAAUGAUUGAAGAAUCUGCCAACAAGUUUGGAAUGAAGGAUUUAAGAGUUCAGACCUUCAGCAUUCACUUUGGCUUUAAGAACAAGUUCUUAGCAAGUGAUAUAGUUUAUGCAACAGCUUCUCUCAUGGAGAAUAUAGAGAAAGAGGGACGUGAAACAGAUAACUUUAUUAAAGCUUUGGACAGUCUCUCCAGGGGCAACCUGGACAAACUGCACCAAGGACUGGACCUAGCCAAAAAACAGUUACGUGCUAUUCAGCAGACAGUAGCCAGCUGUAUUUGUACCAACCUUGUAAUUUCUCAGGGGCCUUUUCUCUAUUGCGCUCUCAUGGAGGGCACGCCUGAUGUGAAACUGUUUUCGAAACCAGUGUCUCUGUGCCUGCUUAGUAAAUACUUACUUAAAUCCUUUGUUUGUUCUACAAAAAACAAACGCUGUAAAUUGCUGCCACUGGUAAUGGCUGCACCAAUGGAUGUUGAACAGGGAACUGUGAUCAUGGUGGGGAUUCCUCCGGAGUCAGAAAGCUCUGACAAAAAGAACUUUUUUGGGAGAGCAUUUGAGAAAGCUGCAGAGAGUACCAAUUCCAGGACGUUACACAACCAUUUUGACAUGUCAAUAAUUGAGUUGAAAACAGAAGACCGGAGCAAAUUUUUGGAUGCCCUCAUUUCUCUCCUGUCCUAGGGGUAAGACAAU